AUGUUUGUUAUUCCUUUCUAUUACAUUUUAGAAGUUCCGCUUAACAUAACAGACGUUCGUCUCUAUAACGGUAAUGAAUACGAAGGAGUAGUACAGUUCAAAAAAACCUUUUCCUCAUGGUAUUACGUACCUUUUCCAAAACAUCCUGAAUAUAUCGAUCAGCCACAGUGUAAAGGCACAGAAUCUCAUAUCAACGAAUGUACUUACACGAUACCAUAUUCUUGCCCUUUUGAAGGAGAGUAUGUUCGUUAUGCUGCAGUUGAAUGUACAGGUCAUCGACUGAAUAUCUCUGGAAUAAGAUUGGCCGGGACUUCAGGUCCUUAUCACGGUCGUGUUGAAAUAGACGUGAAUGGGACUUGGGGAACAAUCUGUGAUCGAUACGUUUACGACUACGAAGCAGAUGCCAUUUGCCAAAUGUUUGGUCUUGAGAGUUACAGCUUUUACCACAAUGCAUAUUAUGGUGAGGGUAGCGGACCAGUUUACAUUGACGAAUUAAAUUGUUAUUUUGGGCAAGAACAUAUAAAUGAGUGCCAGUAUGUUACGGAACAUACAUGCCAACAUAGAAACGAUGUGUCCGUGAUGUGCUAUGAUAAGAGGAAAACUCAAUUACUUUUCCUGAUUUGA